AUGGCGAUCUUCGGCAUCACCACACGUUAUGUCUGGUUUGCUGUACCCAUUGGAGGCUACCUUGUCGGCAAGUACUUGGAUGACCAAGAAACGCUAAGGAUGACUAACUUCAGAGAUAAGUCCAUGCUGUAUGGUGGCACCGUUAAGCCUGGGGACCCUCCAUCUUGGCCUUAA